UUGCAUCAUUUUAUCUUAUUAGCCAUGACUAAUCUCAAAAAGGAAAAUACCGAUGAUAAGCUAAGUUUUGUCGAUAACGAAAUCCCUGUCAUUUCGCUUGCUGGAAUUGACGACGAAGUCAAUGGCAGAAGAGGUGAUAUUAAGAAGAAGAUCGUCAAGGCUUGCGAGGUGUGGGGGAUUUUCCAAGUUGUAGACCAUGGGGUUGAUGCUAAACUUGUGUCUGAUAUGAUUCAUCUUGCAAAACAAUUUUUCGACAUGCCAUCACAAGAGAAGCUCUGCUUCGACAUGUCGAGUGGUAAGAAGGGUGGUUACCUAGCCACCACUCACGUAAAGGGAGAUGCAAUACGAGAUUCGCGAGAAAUUGUAACGUUCUUUACAUACCCAAUUAAGAGUCGAGACUACUCGUUGUGGCCGGACAAGCCAGAAGGGUGGGCGACAAUGACCAUGGAGUACAGUGAAAAACUGAUGGGUUUGGCCUCUAAGCUGCUGGCAGUGCUGUCGGAGGCCAUGGGAUUGGACAAGGAAGCUAUAGAGAAAGCCUGUCUGGAAAUGAACCAGAAGAUUGUGGCCAACUUCUACCCUAAAAUUGGAGACUCUAACGAUGUUGCACAGGGGCUACAGCGCCAUACUGACACUGGAACCAUAACCAUAUUGUUACAGGACCAUGUGUGUGGGCUGCAGGCUACCAAAGAUGGUGGCGAGUCGUGGGUUGAUGUCGAGCCCUUGGAAGGAGCAUUUGUCAUUGAUAUUGGAGACCACGGUCAUUAUCUUAGCAAUGGGAGGUACAAGAGUGGUGAUCAUCAAGUAGUGGCAAGCUCAAACAGCAGCAGAGUAUCCAUAGUCUCAUUUCAUAACCCGAAAGCAGAAGCCAUUGUGUAUCCAUUGAAGGUUAGUGAAGAGGACAAGCCAAUGCUCGAGGAGCGGAUCACCUUUGGCGAGAUGUACACAAGAGUGAUCAGCAAAGAAUUACCUUUACUAUUGGCCAUCUCGAAUAAAAGUGACCAAGGAACACAAAAAUAACUCUACUUAAUAUUAUAUCAUGUCUAUACAUGAUCAAAUUAUGCUCGUUCGAAUAACUAGUAUGUGAACAUGUGCUAUGUACGUGUUGUUUUUAAUUGUAUUAUGUGUCAUAAGAAAGUCAAUUUGAUUGUACUCUAAAAUUGCAUACUGCAAGUAUACAAGUCAAGUUUUAGUAUAA